GGUUUAGUAGAUGCUUGCUUAUCAAUCUGCUAAGGCCAGUUUUGUGCCUGACGAUAACGAACGCGUAAAUCGAUACUAAUCGAAAUUAAAUCUUUUUGAAUUUUGAAAAAAAAAAAAAAAAAAAAGUAUUUUUAAUUUUCAUAUAUGUCGUAAAAUUGGUUAGCGGUGGCUUAAAUAUUAUUAUAAUAAAGAGGAUCCGUUUUUUGCCUUAGAACACAAUUUUAACGGUUGAAAAAACAUUUAAUUAAGAAGAAGCGACCUGUGAAAAAUUUUGUAACGAUUUCAUAAUACCGUAACCGUACAAAUUCUUUAAGGCAUUUCGUCAAGUGCUGCUGGCAUAAUUAUCUUUCAACAUUCAGUCAAAAUGGUAUCUGGUCGUCCUCUUUUAUAUUUGUCACUGCCAGGAGUAGCAUUUAUUCUUGGCGUUUUCUGGUUUCGGCGUCGAAAUAAAGGUCGUAUAGAAAACGAUGCAAAAAACAGCAGAUGCGGUGGCGGCAUAGAGAUCGCACAGAAGAAUACAGAACAUUCUGAGAACUUUAUAGCAAAAAUGACUAAUUCAAAUAACAUAGAAGAAAAGGGCGUGCCCUUACCUACGGAAUCAAUGAAUAUAAACAGUACGACGACACCAGUCGACGACGACAAUUCUGCCAGUCGAUUAUUUGGAAAAUCUGCUCCUAUAAAAAUCAUACAAAACGGCAGGGGUGCGUCGCCUGCUAAACACGUUCUUCAACAGCAAUUGGAUUCUGCGGUUUUGAAAUCGAAAAUACAGGAUGCUGAAUACAAGCUUUUACGUUCGAUUGAUGAGGAUUUCGAGAAUCUAUCUUCACCCGUUGAUUUACCAGAUUCAGUAAAUAAGCGCAUGUCGUUCUAUUCGCGUAAAGUUGAUGUGCAAAAGGAUGAACCAGUCGUUAUUACGGCCCGAACAACGCCUAAAAUAUCUCCAGAGAAUUCAUUUUUGGAGAGUAAAUACAUUAAAGAAUGCGAGGAAAAUAAUAAUAUGGAAUCUAUGCAAAAUAAGAAGGAUAAAGUGCAACAAGAAAAUGAGAAGAAUGAUAAAGAAGAAGAACAACAAAUAAAUGAAAUACAAAAAGUUAUUGAGGAUAAGAAGCUACCGAGAUUAGAAGAAAUCGAUAGUUGUGAUGCUAGUGAAAAGCGAACUGUCGAUGCCGCAAGCCCAUCAUUAAGUUUGUGUAGCGUUCAGUCGGGCGAUUCUGGUAAAGGCUCCAGUCUGCCACGAUCCGAAGCGAAACGUGCCAAGACAACAUAUGAAUUCUUCUUUCCCAAUAGUUUAGUGGGUCAGCUAUAUGGUCGUAAGCGGUCGUUUAUUAAUCAAAUUAAAUCGAAGACUAAUGCAAACGUAUUAUUACGGAAACAUCGCUACACUGGCAAAGUACGCAUUUGUGUUAUCGAAGGCACGGAUAGUGAAAUUCAAGCUGCAUUGACUAUGAUACGUCAACGUUUGCCAGCCAAACGUUAUCCGAACUUUACUAUGCAAAGAAUUCAUUUCGCCCUUCCGCAAACCAUAGUUCCUCUAUCAACAGAAAGUCUGCUUAAUCUUCAGUUACACUUGAUUGAAGGUAUAAAUAAUGAUGUAGUUGUAAGUGCUAUUAUAUCUGGUGGACAUAUAUUUGUUCAGCAUCCUUUGCAUCCCUCACAUCCCUCCCUGGCUGUGUUACAGAAAUGUUUAUAUGACAGUUACUCCGCCGCAGAUACACCCUUAUUACCAAGCGUCGAAAUUAGUGCUGUAUGCGUAACGCCCGUUAAUGGAAUUUGGUAUCGAGUGCAAAUCAUUGAUAGCGACUCAGAGGAUGCGCAGAGAUGUAUAGUUAAAUUCUUGGAUUUUGGUGGCUAUAUGAAUGUUUUUUUCAAAGAUCUCCGACAAAUUAGAUCAGAUUUUAUGGCAACUCCAUUCCAAGCCACUGAAUGUUUACUCUCCAACAUCGAACCAAUUGAUUCUUGUUGGACUCCUGAGGCAGCUGAUAUCUUAUGCAAGCUGACUAAAGGAAUCGUUCUACAAGCGCAAAUAGCUGGAUACAAUAGCCUUAAUGUACCAGAAAUCUAUUUGUUUGCUUGCUUAGGCCCUAAUAAUGUUAUAUUUAUCAAUAAGGAAUUGGUUGCCAGGAAUCUUGCAAAAUGGGUUGAUAUAAAAGACUGAUUAACAAAUGAUGAUAUUCAGCAACAAAUAGCACUGUCAGCAAAAGCAGUGAUCAUAUAAAUUAUUCAACAGAAUUCAAGUUCUCAAAGCAAAAUUACAAACCACACAAAUUCAAAUUAAUGCACCGUAACUAUGAGAAGAAGCCAUAUGCAAAAGAAAAAAAGAAACAAUGCUAUAGAUUCAAUGAAUAAUGCAAAUCUCAAGAAAAUAAUAUAAAAUCAAGUGAUGUUAAAUUAUUCAAAGGAAAAUAUACGGACGGAUAUGGAGAGAAGAAUAACGAAAAGAAAAUGAAAACAAAAGAAGAGAUGAGAUGGAUCUGCAAUCGUCUCGAUGAAAUUACUCGCGUCUAGAGAUUAUGCCACAAAAUGCACUUUUUUAAUACAAUGCUAAUACAAAAACAAGCUUUUAGACGUAGACGUCUUUGUAAAUAUAUAUGAUAUUAAAACUAGGAGUAUAGAAAUAUAUCUACAUACAUACACAUAAUAUCGAUACAUAUACAAAAAUAUUCUACAAACACGGGCUAAUGAUAAAAGUGCAGUCAUUAAUAAAUAAAAUGAUAAUAAGCAGGUACAGUUUAGAUAUUAAAAUACAAAAUGAAAAAAACUUGUUCAUCAAAACCACAAAUUUUGUUGUGGUGAUGUACUUGUUAAGCUAAGCUGCUGAGUUCAGUUACGAAAACCAUUAUUGAUAGAUUAUUAUAUGUACAUAUGAACCUAAAAUAUUAUUUUCAUUUUUU